AUGUUCAUUCUUCAUUACGCAUUUCGAACCCUUCGAGAACGACCUGUGCUGCCCCGGCGCUCGUUCGACCCAACGACAUUUAAUCGAACCUAG